AUGAAGCCAACCAUCGUCCUCGUCCCCGGCGCAUGGCAGCUCCCGUCUUUCUUCACACCACUCUCGCAGGCCUUCACCGCCCUCGGUUUCCCCGUCGUCUGCAGACUUCCCUCUAGCUAUCCAACCGCAUCUGCCUCAGCAGCGACGCCACCAAUCCUCAACCCCGACACGCUGUUCCUGCGGGAGCACGUGCUACAGCCGCUUCUGGACGAGGGCAAGGAGGUAGUGCUCCUGAUGCACUCGUACGGGGGUAUCUACGGACCCGCGGCGCUCGAAGGCUUGGCUAGGGGUGCCCGCGAGCGGAACGGUUUAAAGGGUGGCGUGAUUGCGUGUUUGUACACGGCGGCUUUCGUCGCCAGGGCUGGCCAGUCGGCUAUGUCGGCUAUGGGGUUUAGUGCUGGGAAUCUUCCGCCAUGGAUCCAACAUGAUGACCACGCAAAAGUUAUGCUCUUCCACGACCUCCCAGACGCAGAGGCCGACAGUCUCGCUGCCGCGCUACCUCAACAGCCAUACGAAUGCUUCGCGCAGCCCGUCCAGUGGGAUCCGUACGACGACGAGGCCUUUCGAAGUCGCUUUGGCUACAUCUACACUGAAGCCGACAGAAUUCUACCCAUGCGGGUUCAGCAAGGCUUCGCUAAGGCUGGUGGUAUUCAGCACACCAUUGUCCUAAAAGGCGCUUCGCACUCCCCGCACAUUGAAAUGCCGCACCGGUUAGCUGAGACUGCCGUUUCCAUGUUGGAGACAUUGGCUGCGUAG